GCAGCGUAUGACAGAACGACGACGUGCGUCUUGGUAGUUUGACUGCCGCUAAUCGGUGCCCGACGCUGAUUGUCCCCACGGUCGCGACGGUGACGGAUAUUUCACUACAGAGACAUGUCAAGAUUUCGAUCAUUGUUGCAAGCCUCAGUAAAUGCAACAAAGAAGGCUCUUACGUGGAACGUUGAAGAAUGGGUACCACCUGCAGAGAAGUAUAUAUUUAAGUUCCAUUCGAAAGAAGACUUAAAGAAAUGGCAUCUCUAUUCUGAUUCUGAAUAUGGAGGAUUAUCUUCGGCUUCCUUGGAGAUCCCAGAGGGAGGAAAUGGUUCAGAUGGCACUGGAAUUUUCUCGGGGAACCUUUCCGUAAAUAUCAGUGAGGGAUCUCAGUGGAAAAUCAAUCGGAGUGGCUUCUGUGGAAUGCGCUCAAAGAAGUUUGAUGGCUUCAUUGACCUUGACGGGUAUGAUGCAAUAGCCCUGAGGCUCAGAGGAGAUGGAAGGUGUUACAUCUCUACCAUCUAUACCGAAAACUGGGUGAACUCACCGGGGCAAGCAGAAGAUAACUCGUGGCAAGCUUUUGUGUUUGCUCCAAAGGACAAUUGGUAUACUGCUAAGAUCCCUCUAGCUCGAUACUUGCCAACAUGGAAAGGAAAUGUGAUCGAUGUGGAAAUGGAGAUGAAUCCAGGUCGUGUGCUGGGUAUGUCACUAUCGGUAAACGCAGAAGGUGGUGCGGUUGGAGCUAAAUCAGGAGCAGGUGAUUUCCGAGUUGAAAUUGACUGGAUCAAAGCCUUGAGAUUGCCAUGAACGGUGAACAUUUUUUUUCUGUUUAUUCUUGGUUUUAGCUUUUUAAAAACCAGGCCUGAGUUGAUACUUACAAGGUUGUUGAAUUGUAAUUGGUCAUCACUUGGAGAAAUGUUUUUACCUUGUCAUCAAAUAAAAAAUAAACACAAAUCAAAAGGUAUUAU